AAAAUGUUUUUUAACCCUAAAGUUGUAAAAAAAUAGUCUGAAAACCCUGAAACGGGGUAAAAAUCCUAAAAGUGGAAACACUGGUUGAAAACGACUGCAAACGGCGAACUGCUGAGCAGCCUGUACGCCCCAGAGUGAUUUUCGAACAAGCCAGACAAGAGUAGGUUUCCCUUCUAACCUUGGUACGCUAUAGUAUUUCAAACUAUUUUUUUUUCUUACAUUCAUAGACAUCCAAAUUCCGUAAUUGGGUUUGGUCCCAAUUUAGAAAGAGCUAUACAACGAGCAAGGCGUCGUCUGCAGCCGGCGAUUCCGCAUUCGUUUGAUGAAGCAGAGCGAACUAUAACAGGCUCUGAUAUGUACAGAAAAACACUCAACCAAUCAGCAGAUUUCUUUCAUGGAAGAGUGUCGACCGACUCUGGGAAUGCUUUUAUUUUCAUCUCGCUGGCUCUACUGCCUGAAAUUCACACAACGAGAGAAAUCCGAUCAGAUGGAACUUUUAAAACGGUUCCCAACGUGUUUUAUGAACUUUUCACGCUUCACGUUUUGGCGUAUGGGAAGUCUUUUCCUGUUUCCUACGCGUUGAUGUCCAACAAAACAGCUGAACUCUAUCGUAUGGCUAUCGAUCGCAUACUGCAGAUUCUUCAAGAGGUCAACCCUGGGGAUCACUUUGAAGUAGAAGUAUUAAUUUCCGACUUCGAAUUAGCAAUCAUGGGUACGAUGCAACAAGCUUUUCCAAUUGCAAGAAGCCGUGGCUGUUGGUUUCACUAUGCGCAGAGCCUACAAAGAAGGACUUCAAAGGGCCUAUAGAUCAGGUGGGGUUAUAAGGAGUAUCGUGAAGAAGCUAAUUUCCCUCGCAUUGGUACCGUCGAAUCGAGUCUACGAAGGAUUUCAGAAUAUAAGACACCGCACCGAAAAUGCUCUUCUUGCCGAGAAUCCGCAAUCAAGAGCUGGAGUAGCACGGCUUUUCCAAUAUAUGGGAGGAUAUUGGUUCACAAACCAAGGACUUGAACGUUU